AUGCCGUCCCCACCUAAGGGGAACCUUAGGAACAGGAAGCGGGGCGCACGCGGGGUGAGCCGGGUCCCCGCGCCCCAGCGCCCGGGGACUUUCCGUGGUGGCAGCACUUCGCGGUUCCAGGCCGGCCGGGGACACACGUCAGGGACCCGGGGGCGACCUCCCUUCCGGUCUUCCAAGCCCACUCUUCACUUAGCGGGGGCCGGUCCUGGAAAAGGUCCCAUUCACUGGAAGGAGUUUUUCCCUAUUGCUGACGGGGAUCGGCAGUCUCCGAUUGAGAUUAAAACCGAGGAAGCGAGGUACGACUCUUCCCUCCAGCCUCUCAGCAUCCAGUACGACCCGCGCUCGGCCAGAAUCAUCAGCAACAAUGGCCAUUCCUUCAGCGUCGACUUCGACGACACGGAGGACAAAUCGGUUCUGCGAGGCGGCCCGCUCGCCGGGACCUACAGGCUGCGACAGUUCCACCUGCACUGGGGCCGCAGCGACGACCAUGGCUCCGAGCACCGGGUGGACGGCGUGUGCUUCGCCGCGGAGGUGAGCCCCUGGCCCAGCUCUCCCCUCUGCCUGCAGGCCAGGGACACGGACGCCCCCUGCCUCGGCCCACGCAGGUCCCGCUAUGCGAAGCUGCUCUGCUCCAUCAGCGUUCGAGCUGAUCGUCCCCAAGGGGGCUGGCGAGGCGGCCGGAUUGGUGAAUUUAAUCCCCAGCUGCAAAAAAUUACUGACAUUUUGGACUCCAUUAAAGAAAAGGGCAAACAAACUCGAUUCACGAAUUUCGACCCAUCAUCUCUGCUUCCUCCAUCGUGGGAUUACUGGACGUAUCCGGGCUCCCUCACGGUCCCCCCUCUCCUUGAGAGUGUCACGUGGAUCGUUUUAAAACAACCCAUAAAGAUCAGCUCUCAACAGCUGGCCGCCUUCCGCGCCCUGCUGUGCACCUCACCGGGGUUCAGGCACCAUGCGGUGAAACCCGCCAGGCAUGUCCGCCUCGAUGCGGGAAAGGCCUUCUCCGCGGCCCGCACGGCGGAUUAG